AUGACCCCGCGACACAACACAGCUGACGGCGAGAACAGGACGCGCAAAGCCAAGGAAGUCGACUUUGGUUUCUCAUUUGGAGGCCCGACAAUCGACGAGCCUUCAGUUCUAGAUGCGGCUCCACCGCAAGCAACGCCGCCCGCAGAGUCCCAACGAAGCACUCGGCGCACACCAGGCAGCGCGCGAAAUAAUCUCCCAGAGAGACCCUCGACUUACGAUAUACCUGCGGACGAUGUGCCGGAACAGACGCGGAGUGCGAAACGGAGACGGAUUAGUACAGACACAACGACGCGACAGAGCCCUGCACGACCGAAAACAGGUACCUCAGCGACCCAAGAGGCCGGCAAAUCCAACACACUGGCUAGUGUGAGCCACGUCCCAGAAGUGGUAGCUAUAAAUCCACCCAAAGCAGCCCCGACGAAGCAACAACCACCCUCUUCACAAAUCAUUGGCGCGGAAUCAGCUACAAACCCUUCUCAAGAAACCCAACCAACUGUCCAGUCACCACCAAAGGCGAAACAAGCACGCGGCAGGCCGCGCAAGAGCCAAUCGCCCAAUCUCCGGCCCCAAGCCAAGGCCCUACAGGAUACUAUCUCUUCACCAAAACGCACUCGACAAACCCCAAAUUCGCAAUCGAAGGCAGGUCCCUCGCGAAGACGCAGUGCUUCAGAGACACGACCCCAGGCCGGAUCUGAGGCAAAUGCCGAGACGAGCAGGACGACUCGUGAGCCUAAAGCUGGUGCAGCCAUCGUGGCAGAAGGGAAGAGGCCGCGGGGUCGUCCGGCGCGUACAGUCGAUGGAGAUGAUUCCACCCAAACUGCAGAGGACGUGGCACGCGAGCAGGAGACAUCCAAACCCAAGCGUGGUCGUGGCCGACCAUCAACUUCUGGCAAGGCCCGCGAGUCUCUUUCUCGACCAGAAGCUCCAACGGAGCCUACACCAACUCCAGCUGAAUCGUCCGCACCUAAGGGCCGGGGUCGAAAAUCCGCAUCGAAAAAGACUGUCGAAGAGCCCGUUCCCUCGCCCUCGCCCGAGACACAAUCGGAUUUAUCUGCGCCCAAACGCGGCAGACCGUCUGGCAAGAAAGCCAACCGUGCACCCGAGCCCGAGCCGGAAGAAGAACAAGCAGAAGACGAAGACCGCUCCGAGGUACCGCGCCGCCGAGCCCGGUCACCCCGCGGGGAAACAGUUCCCAUUACAGUCCACCGGCUAGCCAAUGCAUCUGCAUGGGGAGGAACGGACUCGCCCGUCGACGAGGAGGAAGAAUCCGCCGAUGAGCUCUCCACCCUUCAAAAGACCAAACUGCCCAACCGCGGCGGCGUCAACCCUGCCGAUGUGCUUAGCCAGAUCUGUCGCGAGACGCUGGAGAAGACUCUCGAGACGCUGAAGACCGGGAUCGCAAGCGAAACAAACGCCACUCGCCGCGCCGAAUGGACCCGCAAACGCAAAGCCGUCGAAGCCUUCGGUGCAGAGCUGGACGGCCGGCUCCUGGACCUGAGCGAGAUGCUCGACAGCAACUUCGUGCUCGGUGUUCAGCUCAAAAAGUCCAAACGCGAGAUGUUGGACUUGCGCAGUCAUCUGUAUCAUGUCCGCAAGGAGCGCGAGGAUAUCGCACUGCAGAUGGACGCCGUGCGUGCGAAGCACAUGGAAGAGGAGAAUGCGAAGUCGACCCGCACCGCGAUCAACAACUCGCUGCAUACUCUCGAGCUGGCUCUUGACCGAACCCAGCAGCGUACUACAACAACAACAUCUACAAACCCCUCGUCCGUCGACGUGGAAUUCAUGCUCCGCGCCGUCGCAGACGAUGUUAGCUGUCUCGCUCCCGGGGCGCAGGGCGGACUAUUGACUCAGUUGCGGACAUUCAAUGCGCAGCUAGAAGCUACGGCUCGCCGGUUGGAGAGCUGA